UGUCUCUCAAUGACAGUGGAGAAUACAUAGUCAGGGUUACGACUGGGAGUGAGUUUGAAGGCAGAACCACACUGAGAGUUUAUGAGAGAAUAUCAAAUCAUUUCAUCACACAAUCACCAGAGGAGGCAAUAGAGGGGAACUCUGUCAAUUUAACCUGUGACGCUGCUGGCUCCGUGUUUACCAGAAAGUGGAUGAAGGAUGGAUCUGAUCUAACUCAAGCUGACAUUAUACUUUACGAUAACAACAGAGUUCUGUCUUUUCAACAUCUAAAAAAAACAGACAGAGGAGAAUAUUCCUGUAAUAUCAGCAACCCCAUCAACUCAAUGGAAGCUAAACACGUCUUGGUUGUGAACUACGGACCGGAAAACACUCAAAUCAAAGGCCAGCAUCACAUAUCUUUGGGAGACACCUUCACAUUAACCUGUGAGGCCGAGUCUGAACCACCUGCAAACUUCACCUGGUUACUGAAUGGGACAGAGAUACUCAAUUCUCCUGAGUACACUAAAAAGAACGCUGAAGCGUCUGACAGUGGAAACUACAUCUGUCAAGCAAAAAAUAACAUAACUGGAAGAUCAUCUUCUUCAGUGCAUGGAGUGACUGUAAUAGAGAGAAUAUCAAAUCCUUCUAUCACACAAUCACCAGAGGAGGCAAUAGAGGGGAACUCUGUAAACUUAACCUGUGAUGCUGCUGGCUCCGUGUUUACCAGAAAGUGGAUGAAGGAUGGAUCUGAUCUAACUCAAGCUGACAUUAUACUUUACGAUAACAACAGAGUUCUGUCUUUUCAACGUCUAAAAAAAACAGACAGAGGAGAAUAUUCCUGUAAUAUCAGCAACCCCAUCAACUCCAUGGAAGCUAAACACGUCUUGGUUGUGAACUACGGACCAGAAAACACUCAAAUCAAAGGCCAGCAUCUCAUAUCUUUGGGAGACACCUUCACAUUAACCUGUGAGGCCGAGUCUGAACCACCUGCAAACUUCACCUGGUUACUGAAUGGGACAGAGAUACUCAAUUCUCCUGAGUACACUAAAAAGAACGCUGAAGUGUCCGACAGUGGAAACUACACCUGUCAAGCAAAGAAUAUCAUAACUGGAAGAUCAUCUUCUUCAGUGCAUGGAGUGACUAUAACAGUACCAUCAAGCUGUAGUGGUGGUUGUAUCGCUGGAAUAGUAAUUGCAUGUUUGGUGAUCCCUGGAGCAGCUGCUGCUGCAGGAUACUUUAUCUACAAAAAUAAGAAUGCCUCGGCUCACUGCAGCUCCUCAAACAUGACCCAGACCCAAAACCACUCACUGAAGAGCUCAUAAAAAGUAAUGCACGACACACACCCCCCAUCACAGUGACUCACACUUUUGCUGCACUUCAAUGUAUAAAAUAAACCCUGAAAACAUAUGUUGUUUUGACCACUACUCCAUUUUUAUAUCUGAUGUAGAGACUUCUAUUUGAAUAUGAAGGCUCUGCCCGUUUAAGCAUCUUCAGCUCACUUUAUAUGGCUGUUGUCCUGGAGGUGAUGUCCUUAUCUUCAGGGACCUUUAUUUAAUGUGUAACUAAUAAAUGAUUCACCUUAAUUUAAUAUUGAAUUACAAAAUCAUUGGAAGUCCUCUUGCUCAGUAAUAAGAGAUGAUGAUCAAGCCACUACUGGUCC